AUGCUUCAGGGCAAUACAGCUGCAGGGCAAGCGUCAUUUUGGCUAUUGGUUGUAUUUUCACUUCACAGCUUGGCACUCUGCAGCCGCAAUGCCUCCAGGUUUUCUCCGCGGACCUUUUCUGGCCAUUCCGAGGACCGCAUGGACCCAUCAAUAUUCGAUGGCUCCGGCUCCGGGUUCCAGCCUGAACCGGUGAGGAGACAACGCGGAUCACACAGACAUCCUCUCAGGCACUACUUUAUCUCAGAAGAGGCCAAUCGCUCCCUGCGUAGUUUCCUGACCACUGUCUUUGUCCCCACUGUCUACACUCUGGUCUUUAUCAUCGGUGUACCCCUCAACUUUGUUGCUGCGGUAAUGUUUGUGUACCCCAUCCGUCCGAGAAAGCCCGCUGUCAUCUACAUGUUGAACCUGGCAUGUGCUGACCUGCUCUUCGGCCUGCUGCUUCCCUUCAAGAUAGCCUACCAUUACCACGGCAACAACUGGACCUACGGCCCGGUCAUGUGCAGGGUUGUGACCGCAUCCUUCUACAGCAAUAUGUACUGCUCGGUCCUACUCAUGGCGUGUAUCGCUACCGACCGCCUCCUGGCCGUGGUCUACCCUAUGAACUCGCUGACGUGGCGCAGUCGUCGUAUGGCGUGGGCCGCAUGCGCUUCCAUGUGGUUGCUGGCUGUCGCUGGAGUGGCUCCUCUCUUGGCCUCGGAUCAGACCGCCUACUUGCCUCGCCUGGAUAUCACAACCUGCCACGAUGUGCAAGAUUUCAAAGAACUGAAAUCCUUUUAUCAUUACUUCUUCCUUAUCUACUGCUCAGUCUUCUUCUUCAUCCCUCUUGUGGUCACGGUGGUAAGCUAUGCGCGUAUCAUCCGGGCCUUGGCGGCUUCCAACGUGGAGAACCGUUCCAAAAAGACACGGGCAAUGGUGAUGACUGCGGUCAUGCUGGUCAUGUUUGUGGUGUGCUUCACCCCCGCUAACAUCAUUCUAAUGGUCCACUACGUUGCGGUCAUUCACAAAUCUGGCGACUCCUCCUACCGGGCCUACCUGCUAGCUAUGUGCGCAGGGAGCCUCAGCUGCUGCCUGGACCCACUCCUCUACUACUUCGGCUCGUCCCAGUGCAGGAAACGGGUGUUAGCUCUGUUCGGAUGCCGGCGCCUGUAUCAGAUGGCGAGUGGCUCACGCACGCAGAGCACCAGAACCAGUGUGUGGAGCGACGACAGUAAGUCGUGCAAAUUGGAGGUGGUUCAAAAUGCAGCAGCAGGGCCAUACUGUAAGUUGCAUACUUAG